UUUAAACUUAUGGUAAUAUUUGAAAUAAAUUGAAUAUAUAAAUUUGAUAUGUGAUGUUUUGAUUUUUAUUUAGUUGUUCAAAAUUUGAUUUCCUUUGUAACACAGAUAUUGUUCUACUCGCUCUAAUUGCAUUAGAAGCUAUAAUUUGUUUUUAAACCUUAUUUUCUGGAUGUAAAUUCUGGUGUGUUCAAUCCUGAAUGAUUAGAAAUUUCUGCUUUAUUGUUUAUUAAAAAUAAACAAGAUAUACAACUCUUGGGAAUAUGGCUGUUGUAAUAUUUUACUUUUUCAGGCAAUAAAUAUGAAUGAUCUCUGAAUUUUAUAAAGUUUUAUAUAACAUAUCAAAUUCAAACUUUGAAUAAGCUAAAGCUUGGGAAUACAUCGUAAAAAAAGUGAAGAACUUGGAGUAAAUAACUUGAAUUUAGUCCACAAACUCUGGGGAAUGGCAGCGCAAUUCUGCUUUUUCAUGGGUCCUCCUAAAAGAGAUUAUCGAAAUCUGCGCUACAAGUGUCAGUACUGUUUUUAUGCCACAAAUCGACCAUCACAUCUAAAAAGGCACUACUUAACUCAUACACAAGAACGUCCCUUUUCUUGUACAGUGUGUGGUAAAUCAUUCAAUCAAAAAGUUAGUUUGCAGGAGCAUUUGCGUAUACACACUGGGGAGAAACCCUUUCAGUGUGAGUAUUGCAAAGUUCGAUUCACGCAAAGGUCAAGUUUAAAAAAUCACAGACGUUUACAUUUAAAAGAUGAUGGAGCUGCAGCUAAUAAUGCAUUGACAUUAGAAAUGGGUCAGGUUCAAGCGGUGCAAGAUUUAAAUUAUACUGUAAAAUUUAUCAUUGUAAAUUCUAACAAAUAUUUUAACAUUCCAGAUCCUAUUGUCUUUGCAUCUUAUCAGAUGAAAUCAUUUCAGUCUACUAAACAAUAUCGUCACAAGUGCAGGGAAUGUUCAUACGCAACUGAUUAUACCUCAUCUUUGCGGUGCCAUAUGAGAGUACACACAAAUGAAAAACCUUUCAUUUGUAAUCAUUGUGGAAAAUCUUUCACUCAGAAAGGCAACCUUAAAGCUCACCAACUCACGCAUAUGAAAAUUUUUUAAUUUUUGUAUACAUUUUCUUUGUUCCAUUAAAGUUUGUUUUAUGAAAUAGUAAUCACAUCUCUCAAAAUUCUGAAACUCAGUCAAUGUGAUGAAUGUGAACCAUUCCCUCCAAAUUUAAGGUUUGUUCAAAAUUUUCAAAUGGUAGUGAACUAAAGCAAAAAAUUUUACACCAAAUGAAAUUUUUACAUACCUUAUCGGGAUUUAAGAGCAUGACUGUUUGUCGACUUGACCUUUUUAAGUGGUGGGCAAGAUACUUUUAAUUUAUUAAAAUACUAUUGCUUUAGGACAAAUAUCUUUUAAAGCUAUGGGAAUUCUGUAGUUGAUGGAGGGUAUGAUGUGAACUUGAACUAAUAUUUAUUUUUGUUUUACAUCUCAAAAAGUUAUGGUGAUUAAUUAAAUUUAUGCUAGCCAUUGGAUAGGCUCUGAUAUUGACUUGUUUGGUAGCAAAUCAGUCCUUUUGAUUCGUCAUCUUAUGGGUAUUAGCAGUACAGUAUAUGCAACAACAGGUUGAAUAAGGUCAACGUUAAAGUCUCCAAUAAUUUAUGAAAAAUGACACAUUUAGACUCGUUUAAUCAGUAGGAAAACAUGACAGGACACCAUGUUUUCUUUCUGAUGAAGAUUUGCCAAAACAUGUACAUGCUGUAAAAAUUUGUGAUUUGAACGUCGUCCUCAUGCAACCUAAUCACAUUGCAUUAUUUAUUCUAUAUUUUUCUUAAUAUAGAAUAUGUCAUAAAUUGGGUUCUUUAAUUUCCUUUUUUGCAACUACUGUUUUUAGACCCAAUAAAUUACUAGUGCUACAACAUGUUUGUUAUGAAUUAUUCUUACUUAUUAGUUUGGUGUAUGAAAAUAGUAAAGAUUUUUCAUUUGUUAACUUAAAUGAUGAUUUUUCACUUAUUAACUAAAAAUUUGAACAAGUAUUCGAUUAUUUAAAUUUUUUUUCCAAUGGUAUUUGCUUUAAAUGGCUUUAUGAUUCUAUAAAAGACUUUAUAGUAAUCAGUUUAGGUUUGAAAUAUUUUUUUAAAUAUCUUUAUUUUUUACAUAGCAUUAGAAUUAUGAAUUUGAAGAAACAUCUGCAUCAUUUUAUAAUAAUUAUUUUCUCAAAAUUUUGUGUUCAUUUUCUUGUUUUAAAAUAUUUUUAAGACAUUUUUCUUUGGUAACAACUAAUUGUACAUUAGUUGUUCUCAAUCUGAAAGGUUACUAUAACUGAUAUCUUCUAGAAAUGUAAAUCUAGAGUUUUCCCAUAGUUAUUUAAAGAUAGGAAAAAUCAACCAAAUUGUUAAAAGAAGGUAUGUAUGAACCUGACUUUAAAACAUUUUUUAUAGAAAAGGGUUAUAUUUUUAUAUGCCCAGAUGUAAUGGUGUAUCGUUCCAAAUCGUGCAAAUUUGUGUCUAUGUUAUAAAAUAUCCCCAAAAUGCUUGAUUUUCCUCAUAUUCUUCACUGUUUCACAUAUUCAACAUGUUUACUUUUUUUAAAUAUCUCUUAUUCCAAAAAUAUUUGAAUAACUAGAUAUGCUUCAAAAGUACACUCAAUUAAAUAAAAAU